ACAGCCCUCAGACUGCCUCGAGUCGGGCGUGAAGCGAAUCCCGUGACACGGACCCCGUGACCUGUCAUGUGAUAGGAGUCUGUUCAAGAUGGUUCUGAAAGCGUGUUGUGUUGCUGUGAUCCUGCUGUUUGUCGAGACAUGUUUCGCUGACAGUCCCCCAGACUUUGGCAAAACGUACAUGGUACAAGGUGUACUACAACUGCCAUAUGCGGAAAUAGUGGAGCCGUUUGCCGCGUACUAUGACUCUACGAACAACAGGAGUAGGAUCGACUACUAUGGAGGCAUGGUGGUUAGCAUUCAGCGUGCAGACCAGAAACCGUUUGGAAAAACAUACAAAAUCGCCCCAAUGUCAACCUAUACGGUGAAGAACAAAAACUCCUGCUUUCAAGUUAAUGGCACUCAGAACUUCACUGUCUCCAUACAAGGUGUCCUGCCAGACUUGAGCAAAUUCAAAAAAGUAGGCAUGGAGAUAGUGGGCGGGGUAAAGUGUGAGAAGUGGCAGCUGAUUGACAUGGAGUGGAAGAAGAGCAGCACGUACACGAUGUGGGUGGAGGUGGGGACGAGGAAACCGGUGCGAUACAUGAUGAUGGGCUACGACUCGCUGCUUGGCUCACACUUCGACAAGUACAUCCUCGACUACAGCAGCAACUUCAUCUCCAACAAACCCAUCCCCGAGCAGCAGUUUGCAGUACCCGAGAAUCUGACAUGUGCCGGGUUCCCAGGUCCCGGAGACAAGAGUCGGAUCAUUCUCUUCAACCCGAUGCACGAGUACAUCAAUCGCUAUGACGACCACGUGCACGAGAGUUUUGACAACUUCAAGAAGGUGCACCACAAAGAGUAUUCUUCCCACAAGGAGAGCGAGCUGCGUAAACAGACGUUCAGACAGAAUCUGAGAUUCAUCAACUCUAAGAACCGAGCUGGUCUGACCUUCACCCUGGCUGUGAACCACCUGGCCGAUCGCAGUGAGGGAGAGAUGAGGUUGAUGCGAGGUUACACAUACACGCCCAAUCAUGGCGGCCUCCCAUUCGACAUGUCCAAGUAUAACCUCUCGGACGUCCCAGACCAACUUGACUGGAGGCUGUACGGUGCUGUGACGCCAGUCAAAGACCAGGCUGUGUGUGGAUCGUGCUGGAGUUUUGGAACAACGGGAACAAUUGAGGGGGCCAAUUUCUUAAAGACUGGGACCCUGGUUCGACUGUCGCAGCAGGAGCUGAUGGAUUGCUCGUGGGGUGAGGGUAACAAUGGGUGUGAUGGUGGGGAGGACUUCCGCUCGUACAUGUGGAUCAUGAAGAACGGUGGGAUCACCUCGGAGGGGCAGUACGGGCAGUACCUGGCUGUGGACGGGCGGUGUCACUCUGACAAUGUGAAGCCGGUCGUGAACCUGAGCGGCUACGUGAACGUCACAUCGGGGGACCUACAGGCUCUCAAAGUGGCACUCGCCAAGGAGGGGCCCAUUUCUGUGAGCAUCGACGCCGCGCUCAAGUCUUUCUCGUUCUACGCUAACGGAGUGUUCUAUGAUCCUACCUGUGGUAACAAGCCCGAUGACUUGGACCACUCUGUGCUGGCGGUGGGUUACGGUGUGAUGAAUGGACAGGCGUACUGGCUCAUCAAGAACUCCUGGUCCACGUACUGGGGAAAUGACGGCUACGUGCUCAUAUCCCAGAAAGACAACAUCUGCGGAGUCGCCACGAGUCCCACGUUUGUGAAGAUUAAAUAGUCUAUGUCAAGUUAUUUAGUCACUUUUAAUUUCAUUGUUUAAAAUAGUCUCCACCAAAAAUAACAAAAAGUCAAAUUAGUGACAAUUUUAAUUUCCUUGUUGAAAAUUGUUUCCUGUCCAAAAGAACUCAGGUGAUUCGUUAUUAACGUUAAUAGAUAAUAAUUUAUUUACUCCAUUGAAAUUCAAAUUAUUUUGAUAGUUUUGUAUGCAGCAAUAUUUUUUACCCGUACUUUUCUUAGAAAUAUAGUUAAUAUAAUAUGAAUAUAUAGUUUAUAUGUGGUUUAGUGUUUACACUGUUAUUUGUUAUGUAUUAGAAUUUUUUUUUUUAAAUAUCAACAUUUGUUAUUAUAUUAACUACAGUAGCUAAGUGCUCAAAAGUAGACAUUCCCGUAAUUUAGCUGCAUGGCAAAAUGAACAUCUGUCUCAAGUGUUUCCAUAACUGUUGCUUGCCUAUUGGUGUUUCUUAUUAAUGGCAAAGGUUUUUGGAUUUAAUUUGGUGUUCGAUGCUUUUGAAAUGAAUGGCAAUUUGUAAUUUUACAACUGAAUGCAGUGUCGAAUUGUUUGUGUUUUCUGUUUUUGUUAAAUAGGGACGUCAUAGUGUUGCUAUCUUUUCUGCUAUGAAAGUUGAGAUAAUAUACUCAUGUGUAAGUUUGAAUAGGGUUUUUUAGUAAUUUUUUAGAAUGUUGAAUACUUUAUUAAUAAAGAUUAUUUAUACGGUAUCUUAAACGUGGUCAGUAUCAAUAAGUGUAAAUACCUGCAUACGUAGCUAUAAUCAGUAUUACCAGGAUAUAUUUUUGAAUAAAAUAAUGAAAAGAUA